UUAUAGUCUUCACUCAGUCUCUAGAGUUAGACCGAAAAGCCUCCAUCAACAUGACCAGCUACACAUCAAAAUGCUUUGCAUCACGAUCUGUGUCUCAUAGUCGUGGUGAAGGAGGAGGGGUCCGAGGCUUUUGGGGUGGAAGCGCCCAUGGUGGAGCAGGAGGUUGUGGGGUUCGCAUCUCUCAAGCCUCUCGGCCACUGUUUAUUGGUUCAUCUAGACAAGUUGUUGGUGGAGGCUACGGCACCAAUGUUGGUCUUGGUUCAGGUAUUGGUAUAGGUCUUGGGUCAGGUCUUGGUGUAGGUAUUGGGUCAGGUCUUGGUGUAGGUCUUAGUUCAGGUAUUGGAUCAGGCUCUGCUGCAGUUCUAGGUUCAAGCUCUUCCGCAAGUUUUGGUGGUGGAUUUGGAAGUGCUGGGUUUAGAAGUGGUGCUAGUUUUAAAGCUGGAGGUGGGUUUGCUGGUGUCACUGGUGGACAAGAUGCUGGCAUCCUGGGAAAUGAAAAGUUUACCCUGAGGGUCCUUAAUGACCGUUUGGCAUCCUACCUGAAAAAGGUGCGCAUUUUAGAAAAGACCAAUGCAGAGCUUGAGCUGAAGAUCAGUCAAUUUGUGGAGAGCAGAACCUCACCUACUGAACGGGACUACUCUGACUCCUUGACUACUAUCAACGAGCUCCAGGACAAAAUUCGGGAUGCCAUCCAGAAGAAAGGUGUGGUCCAACUCAACUUGGACAAUGCCACCUUGGCUGCUGAUGACUUUAGGAUUAAGUAUGAGCAUGAGUUGGCCCUUCGUCAGUCAGUUGAGGCCGAUAUCUCUGGGCUGAAGAGGCUGCUAGAAGAUAUCAACCUGGGCAAGUCUGAGCUCACCUUGCAAAUUGACACACUGAAGGAUGAAGUGGUCUUCCUCAAAAAGAACCAUGAGGAGGAAAUGGUGAGUACACGCAGCCAGAUGAGUGGACAGAUUCAUGUGGAGGUGGAGGCUGCACCACAGCAGAAUCUCACCUCCAUGCUGGAAGACAUCCGUGAUCACUAUGAGGCCGUCGCUGCUAAGGGCCGGAGAGAGCUCGAGUCCUGGUUCAAGGGCAAGUUGGAGACUCUGAAACAGGAGGUUAUUACCACCACAGAGGUUAUAGGCACAUCCAAAACAGAAAUGACCACAGAAAAGACCAAAGUGCAGAGCCUGGAACUCGAGCUCCAGUCUGUUAUGGCUGUGAAAGCAUCCUUGGGAAUAAAACUGAUGGAGAAACAGGCUUUCUUCUCUGCACAGUUGUCAGGAUUCCAAGUGCAGGUGGUGAGUCUUGAGGAACAGCUGCUGCAGCUUCGCGCUGAUCUUGAGCGUCAAGGUCGUGAUUAUCAAACGCUGUUGGACAUCAAGACCAGAUUGGAGCUAGAGAUUGGUGACUACCGGAGACUGCUGGACUCAGGGGCCAAAGACCUUCUCAUCCCUCCUCUGGGCAUCUUUUCUGACGUCCUUUCAGAAAAAGCUGAGGCUGGCACAAAAGCAGAAAAGAAGGAUGAUGGAAAGGACGCUUCAGCUAGUGAAAAACCAUGAUGACACAAAGCAUUUGAAUGAGCUGUUCAGCCCAGAAAUAAAGAGUUCAGUCACAAU